CGGAAGAUGCCCUCAUCCAUGAUGAGCCACUGCCAAAAGGCUAUGGCCUCCCUUACUCCUGCAGAGCUCUGCUUUUCAUUCAAGAACGUUAUUCUUCAGUUGUAAUAAUUCAAAUAAAACCCAUCUUUCACAUCAACCCAGUCAGACCUUUUUUUCGCAUGCUGGCACUUGUGGAUCCCACACUCCAAGACCUUUUAAAUGUAGAUAACUCUGUUACCUGAAAUGGUUCAGGGUUAUGCUUCAGAAGACAAAAUGUAGAAUAUGGCAAUCUUGCUUUUUUUGUUGCUUGGAGUAAAUUUUGGUACUCCAGAAUCAUGGAAACCUGGAAAUCCUUCACCCAGAGCUCAAAGUGUAGAUGCUUAUAUUGUUGUCAGGUGCACGUAUCUUUUUAUAUAUUUUUGUUUAGAAUACUUUUAGUGAGAGGAAAGUUAGCCCUAUGCUUUGAUUCUUUUAUUUCACGAAUAACAUAGCAUCGCCUCUGGAAGUUUCCCAUACUUUGAAAGCAAAUAGUUAUGCAGUAAGUCCUUCUAAAAGGUGUCAGUGUAAUUAUUCUUAGAGGCAUUUGCUGGCUUUUUUAGAGCACUUAAGGCUGUGAAGCAUUUCUUUUUGUGGACUGUUAGAUUGAACAAUACCCACACCCCUCUGGACUGUCACCUUUUGAUUCUCUCUGUACUGGCACAGCUGGUUAUUGUAGCAGGAUGUUGAACUUGACCUGAAUUGAUCUGGCUGAAAAAGUCUUCUCUGGAUAGAAGGGUGGGUUUCUGUCUGAAGGAGUUCUCUCGUCAUUCUAGAAGCUAUGGACAUACUCUUUAGAAUGAGAGGAGGCUUGGACCUUGCGUUUCAGCUAGCAACUACUGAUGAGGCAUCAACAAAAAAGGCAUUAGGAUAUGUUUUCAGUGAUCUUGCAAACAAACUGUCCUCGGAUGUUCUUGUAUUAAGAAUUUGCCACAGUUCAAUCUAUGUGUGGCCUAAUAGUGGCAUGAACACUGUUCCAGAGCUUACUGAUGAGUCUGCUUGUAAGGAGAUAAGACGAUAUAUACAAUUUGAUCAAGAUGAUGAGACCAAACGAAAGCUUGGCAAAAAAAAGGAUAAAAAGUUACAAGAUACGCAGCAGAUAGUCAAUAUAGACCUCAUGUUGGAAAUGACGUCUUCAUUGCCUGCUUUGGCUCCAGUCAUUGAACGGGAAAAUAAGGAACACCACUACAUAAAUAUGACAUUACCAGUUGAUGUUGUUAUAUCUGUUUCUCCAGAGGAAACAUGGGGAAAUGUACAGAAUCUCCUGGUGAAAGCAAUUCACAGGCAACUAACUGACAUGGAAACAUGUAUCAUGAAAUACGUGAAGGGAACAUCAGUUGUGGUACCAGAACAAUUUCAUUUCAUGUUACCAGGGAAAAACCACCUUGUAACAAUCUCGUAUCCUACAGGUAUUUCAGACGAUCAACUGGAAAGUUACAGAAAGGAAUUGCACGGGUUAUUCAACCUGCCUUGUGACAGACCCUAUUUCAAGAGAGCAAAUGCUUAUCAUUUUCCAGAUGAACCAUAUAAAGAUGGAUAUCUCAGAAAUCCACAUUUACAUCUUAAUUCACCUGGUAUGGAGUCUGGUAUGGUCUGUUUAGUACAUGGUAUCUAUAGUUACCACCACUAUAUGCAAGACAGGAUUGAUGACAGUGGUUGGGGCUGUGCCUAUCGGUCUUUGCAGACAGUCUGUUCUUGGUUCAAGCACCAAGGUUAUAUCGAUGCACCUAUACCAACACACAAGGAGAUUCAACAGGCACUGGUUGAUGCUGGAGACAAGCCUGCAGCAUUUGUUGGGUCACGGCAAUGGAUUGGUUCCAUUGAGGUACAACUUGUUUUGAAUCAGCUUUUUGGAAUAACAUCAAAAAUACUAUUUGUCAGCCAGGGUUCUGAACUGGCAUUGCAGGGAAGAGAGCUUGCUAACCAUUUCAAGACUGAAGGAACUCCAGUUAUGAUUGGUGGAGGUGUUUUGGCUCACACAAUAUUAGGAGUGGCUUGGAAUGAGAUGACAGGGCACAUCAAAUAUUUGAUUCUAGACCCACAUUACACUGGAGGAGAAGAUCUGCAUGUUAUUUUGGAAAAGGGCUGGUGUGGAUGGAAGGGCCCUGAGUUUUGGAACAAGGACGCCUAUUACAAUCUCUGCCUACCUCAACGACCCAAAGCUAUUUAAAAUCCAUUCUUCUGCUGGAACAUGCUAAAACAGAAUACUGGCUGAUCUAGAUAAUGACUGUUGUGUUAAUACUCAAAAUCAUGCUUUCAGUCAAUCAGAACCCAGCUGAAAUAGAAAUGUUGCUUGAGUAAUUUAAAUUAAGAAUUUUAUUUUUUAAUGAAACCUUUCAAAAUAAGAGUUAUCUGCUGUGAGCUGUAUUUCUUACAAAUACAUUUAUUAGGUAACUAAUACUAUUCUUUUGGGUAGGACAACUUUAUGUUCAGAUAGCAUUUUUUGUUACGCUAAUAUCUUUACAGAUUAAAUGCCUAAUCCUUUUAUGUUAUGGAAUUCUUUCUUGCCAAAAAGACAAACUGUCCUCUACCUGUCAAGUUCCAUAGCACCAGCUGCCUUGUGCAUGAUGAAUAUGGUCCAGGGCAUGAUUUGCUGCUGGUACUGUUGAUAACAGCAUUUGAGGAGUGGGAGAAAACCGGCUUUACGUAAUGAAUUUUAUGAACUUUGUUCUCACAUUUACACAGGAAAAAAGGGAAUUAAUUGUUAUGUACUCUAUUUAUUUAUAGCUGUAUGAGUAACAACUAUUCUAGGGGAAAAAACCCAACUAAGCAACAAAACGCCACCAACACAACAGUCUUCUGUAAGAAGUAAAAACAAACGAGUUUUCAUCCUUCUCGGAAGGAGACAAUGUACCAGCACAUACAUACACAUCUGGCUGCUCAAUGUAUAGUCCAGUCAUGCUUCUUCAGACUUCAGAAAUGUAUAGUCCAGUCAUGCUUCUUCAGACUUCAGAAAUGUAUAGUCCAGUCAUGCUUCUUCAGACUUUGGAUUCCCCUUGAUUUUAUUUGGGAUGACAAGCUAUUUCUUUUGUCAGCUAGGAGACCAGAUCUGUCAUACGAACAAACAAGAUUAAGUCUGUAGCUGCUUUAUCAGUACAUCAGUAAAAUUAUCUGGGAUUCCACCCUAUUCACCCCACAAAGUAGCCUUUUCCUUGACAUUCCCCAUGCACUGUCUCAUUUUGGUAAGACCAUAACUUUAAAUACCUAUGCAAGCUGAUCCUAACUAGCAGGCUUCUAAAUCCAACUGCUAUGUACCCAACACCAAAUUUAGUUACUUAAAUGAUAAGAGUAUUCAAAAAUAUUCUGAAUUGUAAUAAACCAACAGUAUUACACAC